UGGGGCGCAGUGCAAGCGAUUUGAUCUCCAUCUUUUUGCACCGCUGCAUAAUCAUGGAAAUCCUCCUGAGGACUGCUUUCCUGCUGUGGGUACUACAGGCCUCUGCUGAGGACCCAGAUUACGAGAACCUCGUUACCCGGCCUGCGAUUAACGGAGACGACGAUGAGUGCCCCAUCAGUGUCUACUUCAUGGUGGACACCUCAGAGAGCGUAGCCCUGCGAGAGUACCCCUGGGGCAGCUUGGUGGAGGAGCUCAAGGUCUUUCUCAGGAUGUUCGUGCAGAAGCUGGAGGCCACCUCGCUGAGCGUCUCGAGGGUCCAGUGGUCCUACGGCGCCCUGCACUUCUCCGACCACGUGGAGGUUUUCAGCCAGGUCACCAGUGACGCCGCUGAGUUCCUGGCCAGGGCCAAAGCCAUCCGCUACAUUGGGCGGGGGACCUUCAUCGACUGCGCCCUGAGGAACAUGACGGUGCAGGUGCGGCAGGCGUCCCUGGCGGGAAGGCCACGGCUGCAGUUUGCCGUGGUCCUGACCGACGGGCACAUCACGGGCAGCCCCUGCGGUGGGGUCCAGCAGGCUGCUGAGGCCGCAAAGGCGGCGGGCAUGAAGAUAUUUGUGGUGGCCACCAACGAGGACACGAUGGAGAACGAGCUGAAGCAGAUAGCCAGCACCCCUGUGGAGCUCUACCGGAAGGACUACCUGGCAUACCCGAGCGACAAACGAGAUGCGGCUGUCAGGAUGAUAACUGACACCAUGGUUAAGGAGGGUGAAUUUGUGUGCAAAAAGCAACUGUGCGAACAGAGUCAAGGAAUGCUAGGACCUAAGGGACACAGAGGAGCAAAGGGUGCCAAGGGGAGUGUUGGUGGCAUUGGACAACCAGGAACCUCAGGGCAGACGGGAGAUUCUGGGAUUGAAGGCCCGAUAGGUUUGCCUGGACCAAAGGGGCAACCUGGACUAAAGGGGGAAAAGGGUGAUAUUGGAGCACUUGGCUUGAAGGGGCAAAGUGGAGCUCCCGGGUUCAAUGGUAUUGAUGGUGAAAAGGGCAAGGCUGGCACUAUAGGAGCACCUGGAUGCAAAGGAGAUCCGGGCAUGCCGGGGGAACGGGGCCCUCCAGGUGAUUUUGGCAUCAAGGGUGAUGCAGGAGACCCAGGCGAAAAGGGUGUUGCUGGGCAACGAGGCAGGCCUGGCCCCCAGGGGCUUAAGGGUGAACCUGGGGAGAGGGGUCCUAUUGGCUACGUGGGGAACCCGGGCCUUCCUGGACAAAAAGGAGCCAAGGGGAGACCUGGACCCACCGGGGCACCAGGUGAUCCUGGUUCUAGAGGAGAUGGUGGGAUGGUUGGUCUGCGUGGCAAAACCGGGAGCAGAGGAGAAAAAGGAGAAGUAGGUCCAGAAGGCGAGAGAGGACCCCCUGGGAAAAGAGGUGACACUGGAGCCGCUGGGCCACCCGGUUUUCCAGGUGUCCGGGGGUCACCAGGUGACAGUGGACCCCCCGGACAGCAAGGCUCUGCUGGCGAGGAUGGGGACUUCGGCCCUCGGGGGGACACCGGGGAGUCAGGAGCCAAGGGGGAUCCAGGGAAGGAUGGCUACAACCAUGCAGGUGCUAGAGGUGUGCAGGGGGACAGAGGAGAUCCAGGCUUGCCAGGACUGCAGGGUCCAAGAGGUUACUACGGUGAUAAAGGAGCAGAAGGACGUAAGGGCGCCAUGGGAGAACCAGGGGAGCCAGGCCCUGAGGGUGUACCAGGAGAAAGAGGGAUGCGAGGUCAACCAGGACCACCAGGUGCACCUGGUUCUCGGGGGGCCUCUGGAUUAUCUGAAUGUGAAAUCAUGGAAUUUGUGAGAGAAACGUGCGGUUGUUGUGAUUGUGAGAAGGUCUGUCCUCCUCUUGACCUGGUGUUUGUGAUUGACAGCUCAGAAAGUAUUGGGAAAACCAAUUUCAGCCUUGCUAAAAAUUUUGUCAUCAGUCUUGCAAACAGACUUGGGAAAAUGGCCAAGAACAUUUCUGAUGUCUCAGGCUCCCGAUUGGGUGUGGUCCAGUACAGCCAUCAGGAUGAGGUGCAGGCCAUCAGGAUGGACGACGCCACCAUCACCUCGGUGACCUCUUUCAAAGCCAAGGUCAAAGCCAUGGAGUGGAUUGCAGGGGGCACUUGGACGCCCUCGGCACUGAAGUUCACCUAUGAGCAGCUGAUUGCUCCAGGCAGGCGGAUGGGGACGAAGGUGGUGGCCAUCGUCAUCACAGACGGACGCUACGACCCCAAAGACCUAGACAACCUGGAGGCCCUCUGCAGUGGCGUGGAUGUCUAUGCCAUCGCCAUUGGAGACAUGUUCGACACUGGCGCUGAGAGGCAGUCACUGGAGAGGAUCGCCUGCAACAAUGGCGACCAUGUGAAAACGCUCAGCGUGUACGCCGAGCUGACCGCAGAGGAGUUCUUGGAAGAGAUCGAACAGAUCCUCUGUCCAGAGCCAGAAGACAUCUGUCCAGACCUGAAGUGUACCUCAGAUCUCCAUGUGGCUCCGCUGAUGCAGCGACCCGUUGACAUCCUCUUCUUUGUGGACGGCUCCGAGCGGACCGGGGCGCAAAACUUUGUGAGCGUCCUGCAUUUCAUCGAACAGCUAUCCCGCGAAAUCCCCCUGUCUAAGAAAGACAACGACUACAAAGGGGCACGCUUCGGCGUGUUGCAGUUCGGGGGAAAGCAGCAACCCGAAGUGCUUCUGGAUUUCUCCAACAACCACAGCAGCAUCGCUUCGCUCGUCUCCACGGCGGUGUACCGCGACUCCUCCUCCGCACUCGGGGACGCCAUUGUCUUCGCGGCCGACAACCUCGUGGGCAACCGCGGCAGCCGGUACAGGGGGGUGCGCCAGAACGCCGAGCUGUCGUUCGUCUUUAUCACGGACGGCGUGACCAGUGACAAGAACUUCGACGAAGGCAUCGCAGCUAUGAGGAAGGCUAACGUCGUGAGCGCGGCGAUCGUGGUGGGCUCAGACAUUGACCAUGAGCGGUUGCUGAAACUCGUUUUUAAAGAUAGAGCUCUCAUCUUCCAUUUGAAGCGUUACAGGGAUCUUGCAGUCCCCCAGGUCAUCAGACACAUCGCUCACUGCUUGGGAUAAACUCGUGUCUGAAUAUAGUUUAAGUAGAAAUUGUUUCACCAUUUCAUGAUUCUCAGAUUUGAUUCCAGUAGAUAGUUUUCAUAAUGGUUUUGCUCAUUCUGAUGCAUAUAUGCUCACAAUUUCCAGUGCACUUUCUCUGUAGCACAUUUUCAGAGUAACUUGUUAAUAGUGAACAUGAGUACAGGGCUUAAAGCAACAAAUUUUUGUUGAGCCUGAA